GAGGCAUUUUAAACAUAGUAACAACAACAACAACAACCUUUGUGGGGUCAAACACAUUUGCUGAAUUCAUCUAGAUAAUCAGUGCUAUUGUUACAGGAAGCGGUAUUUUUUAUCUCGCAAGCCACGAGUGCUAUAUAAUGAGCCUGCUGGUUUCCUUCUUCAUUCUUUCGGCGUACACCGAUUGUGAAAAAGAGAGUGUCUGGAUAUGGAUAAUGUGGAACGGUUUGAUUGGCUGAAACAAAGCCAUGUACAUGUUAAAGACUGGAAAAAAAUUCAGCAAAAGAUCCAACAUUUGAUUAAAGGAAAAACAGAAAAACUCCAGGUUAUAGCUGACUUUGAUUUUACACUAACUAAGUUUCAUGUUGGUGGGCAAAAAAAUCUUUCAACCUAUGGUGUCAUGGAAAGCUAUUCCAGCUGGCCACUGGAAUUCAAAGAGGCUAUCCGUGUAUUGAAAUCAAACUACUGUGAGAUAGAUAAUGACCCACUGAAAUCUGUUGGAGAAAAGAUCCCACUAUUACUAGUUCUUUUGAGAGAAGCCUUUGAAAUAAUGCGACGCAGCGGAUUACAGGAAAGCAACUUCAGAUUUAUGGUCGAAGAAAACUCGCUUCAAUUAAGAGAAGGUGUACUGGACUUUUUUGAAGAACUGGAUAAAUCAAGUGUUCCUUUCUUGAUUAUGUCUGCUGGACUGGGAAAUAUAAUUCUUCAAGUUUUGAACAAGCAUGGUCUUCUGAAACGAAACCUUAAAAUUGUGGCGAAUCAUGUUAAAUAUGGACAUGAUGCGACUGAAAUUGUCGACGAGGUUGCGGAUCGACUUGUCCAUCCCUAUGAUAAGGGUGAUAUUUCCUUGUGCCUUUCAGACAAUUAUUUUAAGAAUUUGACACACUGCAAGAAUAUUAUUCUCUUGGGAGAUUCGUUAGGGGAUCUUGACAUGUCUUGCGGUGCAACAUUUGCAAAUACCGUACUAUCGAUUGGAUUUCUCAACGAAAAGAUUGAAGAGUCCUUGGAAAGCUAUAUGGAACACUAUGACAUAGUCUUAACCGAUGAUCAGACGUUUGACAUCCCUAAUUGUCUAAUUAAGUUGGUCGUAGGAUAAUAUCACCUAUGUUCAUUUCAUUGAUUAGUCUACAAGAGAGCUCGAAGAUCUAAUACAGAUGUUUUGUGGA